AUGUCAAAGUGUACUAACAAUAAAAGAUCUAUUCCUCAUGAAAGAAGCGUUGAAAAUAUUCAUAAAUAUUUUAAACCAUUGAAUGACCUUUCAAAUCAAAUAAUUCCAACACAAUUACCAUCAUCAUCAUCUAAACCACCAUCAUCAUCUGAAUCAUCGUCUUCAUCAGAAAUACAACAAAUUUAUGCCAACGAUGCUCCAACAAAUAAUACAUCUGAGUUUUCUCAAUCCAUUGCCAACACUUCAUUAUUAGUUGAUAAAAUUUCGCAUUUAUCAAUGAAUAACGAAAAAAUAGCCUUAUGUAAUUCUUUCAAACAUAUUUCAAUUGCAGGUGCAGAUUCAAUUAUAUCAGAUGAACCUGUCAUGGUUCUUCAAUCAAAUGUUGAUAUUCAAUCAUUUGACACAUCUGUACCUGAUCGAAGUAAUGGUAUUUCUUUAGUUGUACAUGGUACAUCUGAAAAUAAUGAAUUAAAUCAACGUGAUAUAUUAUCUACUCAUUUACUGCAAAUUGAAUUUUAUCUUAAAUCUUGUCAAAAUUUAAUAAAAGAAUCUACUCGUCCUGAUAUUCCACAUAAAGCAUUUGUUGAAAAAACUCAAGCUUUUGUUAUUGAAUUAAAAAAGAUUCUUGAUCCACUUGAUGCAACCUGUCGUGAACAAAUUGAAAAUAUUAAUGUCGAGUUUUCUAAUAUUGAUUUUAUAUCUACCAAAUCAACUGAUAAAAUAUCAAGAGAUCCUGCUUAUUCGUCUGCAAAUGGAAAAUUUACAGAAGAAGAACUUCGAUAUCUCGUUCAUAAAGGUCCAAUGCAACCGGUACUAAAAGACUAUCCAAAAAAUGUCAUACUAGCUGCACAAAAUGCAACAUGUAAAUUUGCUAGCAAAUGGUUCAAUGAAUACCCGAUGUUGGAGUACAGUCAAACGACUGAUAAAGUCUAUUGUUUCGCUUGUCGUUUGUUUUAUAAAGGGCCUGGUUCUGAAAAGGUUGAUCUUGCGUGGAUCAAAACAGGUGUUCAAUCUUGGUCGAAAAUGAAGGGGCGAGGAAAAGAUAGAAAAGGCAAAUUAGAUCAACAUUUCACAUCGUCUAGUCAUUUAGCAUCAAUGUAUCGAUUAUCAGUUUUUAAAAAUAAGUAUGCAAAUGUUGAAUGUUUAAUGGAUGCAAAUAAUCGUCUAGCUAAUCAAAAAGAAGAAUCAAUACUUAAAAUAAAUACAAAAAUAAUUGAAACAUUUUUUGAUUGUACGUUAUUCUUGGCUAAACAAGGUCUUGCGUUUCGUCGUGAUCCGCAAGAACAUGGAAACUUUAUUCAACUUAUUCAUUUACUUCGUCGUUAUGAUCCAUUGUUGAACUCUUGGUUUACUGAAGAAAAAUUUAAAAGCCACCAUAUAUCUUAUACAAGUGCUCGAAGUCAAGAUAAAUUCAUCGAACAUAUCGGUAAUUAUGUUAUUGGUUCUAUCGUUCAACAAGUACAAAAUGCGCCGUUUUAUUCAGUUAUGAUCGAUUCUACUCCAGAUUGUAGUCAUCGAGAAAUAUAUUCAUUAGUUAUUCGAUAUGUUGAUAAUGAUUUAAAUGUUCAUGAACGUGUUAUUUGUUUAAAAGAAUUACCAUCAAAAACUGGCCAAUCUAUUUGUGAUUUCAUUCUUCAUAUACUUCAUAAUUAUCAUAUCUCAACUGAUUGUUUAAUCGGACAGUGUUACGAUAAUGCACCGAAUAUGUCCGGUUGUAGACGUGGAGUUCAAAAUUGUAUGAAAAUUGCUCUUAAACGUGAUAUUAUUCAUAUACCGUGUGGUGGUCAUACAGCAAAUCUUGCUGUAAAACAUGCUUGUGAAUGUUCCACAGAAUAUAUUCGAUUUUUUGAUUUAAUUGAAGAGAUAUCUGUAUUUUUUACUAGUAGCAUUAAUCGGUAUCAUACUCUUCGAACUCAAAUUAAUUCAUCUACAUCUGCUUUAACUGUAAAGAAUUUAUCCAUUACCCGAUGGUCAGCUAAUUAUGAAUCAAUUAAUGCUAUUUGUCGUUCGAUACCAGAAAUUACUAAUACAUUUAAAAUAAUUAUCAACAAUAUUGAUGAUAAAAUUAUUAAUAAUACAGAUGAUAAACUUACACUAGAUGAUAAAAAAACAAAGCAACAAGAAUGUGAUGAUCAAGUUUUGAGCAAUGGUGUUGAUAUUGAUAGUGAAUUUUCUCGGUAUCAUCAUCAAAGAUUACGCUCUAUAAAAAAUGAUUCGAAUUAUAAAACCGGUGUCCGUUUAAACCGAGUUGAAUAUUACAAGAAACUCAUGAUUGAGAUUCUUGAUUAUAUAGUUAUCUCAUUAACUGAUUAUCAUAAAGUAGUCGAAGAAAAACUUCAACAUUUUUCAACAAUAUUACCUGGUCGUAUUAAUCAUUUAACUCUCGCAAAUGCUAAUAAAAUUACAGAAAUUGUACCAAGUAUUUCAAGUGCUGAAAUUUUAUUUUCAGAGCUUCAGCUUCUCAAAAAUGACAUUGAUGGUGUUACAGAACUACCAGAAUUUAUUAACAAGUUCAAGUUAAUUGCAAACGGAUAUCCAAAUGCUAAACGUGUUUAUCAAUUUAUUCUUGCUUUACCAAUAACAGUAGCUACAAAUGAACGUUCAUUCUCAAAAUUAAAAUUAAUAAAAAGUAGAUUGAGAUCAAAUUUGAUGCCUGACAAAGCUGAAUGGUUAAUAAUUGCUUCAACUGAACGCGAUCUACUCGAAAAUAUUGAUCUAUCAAAAUUUGCUCAAGAAUGGUCCCGUCUAAAAAAUCGACGGGGAUCAAUUUUUCACUGUAUACUUUUAAAAAAAUGCCGUACCCCCUACGGCAAAGUUGUUGCCAUGUGGCCGGAAAGGGUUAAGUACGGCCCCCCAAUCUUGAAAUGGUCGGGACACCCCUGGUUAAAUCCAAGUAUUGCUCAAUUUUUAUGGCAGGCUGUUCAAACGACAACUGUUGACGAAGAUCGAAUAUUGAAAUAUUUAUUUCAUGGUAUAAGAUAUUUGAAUAUUGCUGAACAAUUAAUUCGUACAAAAUGCAUCUAUGAUUUUCGACAAGCAUCUUAUAUUUUGUUCGAAAUGAAAGAUAUCUCUGUGAAAAAUAAUCGAAAUAUUGAUUUUGUUGUUGAUUAUAUUCGAACGUGUCCUACUAUUUGUCAAAUAAAUGAAUACAAUUCGAUUGAUAUUCAAACAUUCAUCGACACUCAGUUCAAAGGUUUAGAUAUUAUCAGAGUGAAAAUAAAAUCAUUAGCAUUGAAUAAUGAUGUACCGGAAAAUGAUCUUGAUAAAAUGUUAUUUUGGGAUAACAAGUCAAAUUAUUUUGAAUUUUAUCAUAAAGUAUUGACUAAAUCAUUAUGGCAAUUACAUAAAUUGAAAAAUUUUUGUCGAAAUCGACACCUUCAUUUAGCAUCAUUUGGAAAAAUAUCAGGCAAUGAAGGGUAUUAUUUUGUUAUAUUGAGAUUAUUUAAUGUUGGCAGAGAAAAAGCAUUAAUUGAAAAUGAUUAUCUAUUGAAAUGUCUAACAGCUAAUUAUUUUCCGCCAUUAGAUAUCGAAAAUCUGAACAAUCAAAAAUAA